AUGCAGCUGGAGGACGCUCAGAUCAUCUGGGGAACCACCAUCUCGCUCGGCGAGAGCAUGAAGUCGUUCAAAAAGUUCUUCACAACCUUCAGAAAGGUCGACAUCCUGCCCAACCGCAAUGAUGAGCAAAUGGCGCAUUUUGAUGAUCCCGAGGAAGACAUCAUGCCCUUUUACAUUCGACUGCUGCAAGAGCUCAAAGACCGCGAGAUCUACACCGUGAACUUUGAUUGCUGCAACCUCCGCGAUCACCCCGAGGCCGAGUUUCAACAGCUUUAUCUCCAGCUCGUGCGCUAUCCGCAGGAGAUGAUUCCCAUCAUCGAUCACACCAUCACCGAGGUGUUCUUGGAUAAGUUCCCGGAUAUCCAGCUGCACGGCGCCCUCUUGCGCGUCCGCCCAUUCAACAUCGGCCGCAGCGUGAGCAUGCGCGACCUCGAUCCUGCUGAUAUCGACCAACUCGUCACGAUCAAGGGAAUGCUGAUCCGGUCAUCGCCCAUCAUUCCCGAGAUGAAAAAGGCCUUCUUCCGCUGCUCAGUUUGCGACCAAACCCUUUCGGCUGAAGUCGAGCGCGGCCGUGUCAUGGAACCCACACGAUGCUGCAACGACGCCUGCAAAUCCGAAAACACAAUGGCCCUGAUACACCAGCGAUGCACCUUUGCUGACAAGCAAAUCCUUCGAAUCCAAGAGAUUCCUGACGAGACUCCGGAUGGUCAGACUCCUUACAGCGUCACUGUGAUGGCAUACGACGACUUGGCCGAUGUUGCCAAGCCGGGUGACCGCGUUGAAAUCACUGGUGUUUAUCGCGGCGUUCCUGUUCGUGAAAUUGCCCGCCAGCGGGCUGUCAAGUCCCUUUUCCGAACCUACAUCGAUGCAAUGCACAUCAAGCGAACCGACACCAAGCGGGUCGGACGAGACCCCACCAUCGUGGAAGAGGAAGAGGGCAGCAACACCACAUUCAUGGAGAGCGAUCGUGUCAAGGAGAUCGACGCUGUCACCAAGGAGGAGUUGGUUCAGCUCUCCAAAGCCCCGCACCUUUACGAGCUCCUGGCCCGCUCCGUGGCGCCUUCGAUCUACGGCAUGGACGAUGUCAAGAAAGGUGUCCUUCUCCAGCUCUUUGGCGGCACAUCUCGACACAGCCAGUCCGAAGACGGCAAAAAGACAGCCCGUGUCCGCGGCGACAUCAACGUCCUGCUUGUUGGUGAUCCAGGUGUCAGCAAGUCGCAGCUACUGCAGUAUGUGCACCGCCUGGCCCCGCGCGGCAUCUAUACCUCUGGCAAGGGCUCCUCUGCCGUUGGUCUCACCGCCUAUGUAACUCGAGACCCAGACACCAAGCAGUUCGUUCUCGAAAGUGGUGCCCUUGUGCUCAGCGACGGCGGCAUUUGUUGUAUCGAUGAGUUUGACAAGAUGUCCGAUAGCGCUCGAUCAAUCUUGCACGAAGUGAUGGAACAACAAACCAUCUCGGUUGCAAAAGCAGGCAUCAUCACCACCCUCAAUGCACGGACGUCUAUUUUGGCCGCGGCGAAUCCCAUCAAUUCAAAGUUUGACGAGAGACUGCCUAUCGUUGCCAACAUCAAUCUCCCCGCGCCUUUGAUGUCCAGAUUUGAUUUGCUCUACCUGGUCCUGGAUAAGCCCAAUGACCUCGAUGACCGGCGCCUGGCCAAGCAUCUGGUAGAGCUGUACAUGGAGGACCGCCCGGCGCUGUCGAACCUGGACUAUGUGCCUAUCGACAAGUUCGCCAAGUACAUCAGCUAUGCUCGUCGAGAGAUCACGCCCGUCAUUACCGAAGAGGCCGGCAACGCCCUGGUCUCCAACUAUGUCGAGAUGAGAAAAUACGGCAAAACCAGCGCUGGCGGCCAGCGACAAAACAUUGUCACGGCAACCACACGCCAGCUCGAGAGCAUGAUUCGUCUCUCCGAGGCCCAUGCCCGUAUGAGACUCUCCACCACAGUUGACAAGAUCGAUGUCGACGAAGCGUACAGACUCAUCCAAGUGGCACUCCAGACCUCUGCUGUCGAUCCAGCCACGGGCCGAAUCGAUAUGGACUUGGUGACCACCGGCAUCAGCGCCCGUGUCCGCAGCAAUCUCAGUCACCGUCGCGACCAGCUCAAGACCAUCAUCCAAAACAUCCAGAAGGAGUCUAUCCGGUUCAUGGAGAUUCUCCGGCUCUUCCGCGAGCAGGAACAUGAGAAACUGAGCGAGUUUGAGCUCAAGAACCUGCUCGAAGAUCUGUGUGAUAGCGGCACCAUUAGCAUGCGAGGAAGGAUGUCGACCGACACCAUCAUCACUAAACUGUAA